ACAUUACAAUUCUCAUUAUAUGGUAAACUCCACCAACUACCUCAUUUUUAUUUCUUUCACAAAUGAUAUUAUUAACCUUCCUUUAUAAAUAAUACAAUUUAUCAACUUUCAGUGAAGUUUCAAAAACAACCUCCUGUAAGAUCAAGCAGUGAAUAUCUGUAUUUCCAUAUAAAAGCUGCCUGAGAUAACGACACUCCAGGCAACCCAUUGUUCUUUACUAAUUUAAUUGCCUCUCCUUGUUCACUUGUUACUUGCACCUAUCUUUCCAGCAGGGAGAAAACCAAUGGGUGUGGCAGUACUACAACGAGAGAGGUGGGCGGUUAAAAUGGCAGUGGUGGUGGUGGUGGUGGUUGGGCUGCUAGCUAUGGCGUCGCCCACCAUGCAACUUAAUGUGAAAGAACCUCUGCGAGGGACUGUCCAGAAGUCCAGUAGUGAAGACCCACGAGCUAUAGGUUUAAUUGUGACUGCCAUUUGCUGUGAGAAGGCACUUAAUGAGUCUGGCAUCUUCCAUGUUAAUUCAUCUGUUGAAUUGUUGGGAAGAACAUUCGUGCUUGGAAAGAUUCAUGGAGCCGAUAUUGUCUACGUAAGAAGUGCCAGUAGACCAGCGGCAAACUUGGGCAUAACAUUGCAAAUCAUGGCUGAUAACUUUAAGCUUGGAGGAGUUAUCCUUCUUGGGCUUGGUCUUGCCCUUACUGACUCAUUGAGCGUCGGCAGUGUUGUUAUACCCAGCCUGAUUGGUUCCACUGGAGUUUGGACAUGGCAGCCAUUCCAAGCAACAAAGGAAGGUCCGCUCAAGUUCGGAGACUUCAAUUUUCCAUAUCCUGGGGACAAUUUGCUUGGAAGCGUAAAGUAUAAAAAAUCACAGAUUUACAUUCAUGAGGAAGUAAAAGAAAGUUUUUGGAUUCCUGUUACUGCAGAAUGGCUCCAAGUUGCAUCUAGGAUUCAGGUAGACUCAGUUGAAGUUUUUCAUGGAUUGAAGCUCGCCAGCGCAGAUGUGCACUUGGACAAUGAAAAAUUUUACAGACGCUUUCUUAACUUGAUUUUUGGUGCCUCAAUUUCGGAUACAACUAGCAUUACUGGGGCAUUGGGAGCUUAUUCAAACAAUCUGCGACUUCUUGUGGUGCGUGGAGUUUCGGGCAAUGACACAGAUAUGGUUGCUGCAAAUGCAAUGAAAGUGGUGGACCGCUUCAUUUAUCUGAUUAGUGUUCCUCCUGCUUCUUCUUAAUUCUUGUGAUGAUCACUCAAAAAUAUUAAAUAAGCUUGUCCUUUGAGUACUAAAUAAGCUAGCUAAUGUCGUCUACGUACUCAUUUGGAUUUUGUAAUGGUCUGCUAUUAUAAAUAAAUAAUAAUAUUAAUAUUUU